UUGAACAACCCUAGUAGUUAAAGGCGGUUAUACAUCUUCGUCUUCAGUCCUGUUUUAGGGUUUAGGGUUUCAAUCCACAACCGCAAACACACACAGAACCUAAACCUGUAACUCGCCGCACAAAACAUGCCGGCAACGGAGAUAACCGCCGACGCGUUAUCGGCGUCCGGUCGUACAUCGGAGAAAAUGAGCCUUCCAACUCUCCAAUCCAAAAUGAAAUGCGAUCCAGAAGGCUAUGAAACCGAGCUCACUCUUGUGUACAACCAAUUCAAGUCCUCCGUACAACUAUUUCAACAACAAGCGGCGUUGAAUUUCACCUCCGCCGUGAGCGGCGGCGUCGGAAGUGAUCCUACCGUUGCGAAAGACCUCGGUGAUCGCGCUAUGUUUCUCGCUCAUGUUACUCCGUUUUAUCCUGUGCAGUUGUUGAAUUAUCCGAAGGAGCUUGUGGAGUUUUUGAGCUCAUCUGCUCGUGUGCUUCCGUCUUCACUUCGUGUUACUGUUACACAAGCUUUGAUUCUUCUUCUUAAUCGGAAGAUUGUUGCUAUCAAGGAAACUCUUCCAUUGUUCAUGGAACUUCAGGUUUUGAGUGACAAGCCCUUAAAGGUAUUGGCAUUCUCUCAUGUGAUUCAUAGUAUCAGGCGUAUGAAUCAGAAGCACAAGAAUGAAACAGAAAACAGAGCACUUCAAAGUAUUUUAUUUUCAAUGCUACAGGAAGAGGAUGAAAAGAAAGCAAUGAGGUCACUUGUCACGAUAUGUGAUCUUCAUAGGAGGAAGGUUUGGUUUGAUGAUAGAGCGGCCAAUGCUAUAUGCCGGGCCUGUUUCCAUAUGUCGUCAAGGGUUAUGAUUGCUGCUCUAUCAUUUCUUCUUGAUUAUGAAAAAAUUGAGCAAGAAAACGACAGCGAUGAGUCCAGUGAUGAAGAAGAACCUACCCACCAACCUCAUGUAGUUGUGAGUAAAGAGGCUAUUUACAAGGCGAAUAACACAGGAACAACGUCUAGUAAAAAGAAGAAGAAAGCAAAGUUGCAACGUGUAAUUCGUAGCAUGAAAAAACAGCAACGUAUGUCUUCGGAGCGUGAGAAUAACGUGAACUACUAUUCACCUCUGACCUCUCUGAAAGACCCUCAAGGGUUUGCUGAGAAGCUGUUCUCGAAACUUCAAACUUGUAAAGAGCGUUUUGAGAUAAAAAUGAUGAUUGUAAAAGUGGUUGCUCGCACUGUUGGUCUUCAUAGAUUGAUUUUAUUGAACUUUUAUCCUUUUCUUCAGAAGUAUGUUCAGCCCCAUCAAAGGGAUGUGACGAACUUACUAGCUGCAGCCGUUCAAGCCUGUCAUGAUAUGGUGCCACCUGAUGCAGUUGAACCAUUGUUCAAGCAAAUAGUUAAUCAAUUCGUGCAUGAUCGCUCUCGAACAGAGUCAAUUGCUGUUGGAUUGAAUGUUGUACGUGAAAUAUGUUUGAGAAUUCCUCUGUUAAUGACAGAAGACUUGCUGCAAGACCUUGUGCUAUAUAAGAAAUCACAUGAGAAAGCAGUUUCAUCUGCAGCUCGUUCACUUAUCUCAUUGUUCAGAGAGGUUUGUCCCUCACUACUUGUAAAGAAAGACCGAGGACGGCCCAUUGAUCCAAAGGCGAAGCCAAAAGCUUUCGGUGAGGUCACUAUUCCCAGUGAUGUUCCUGGGGUUGAUUUACUUCAGGAUGAUGUUGGCGAUGAUGUCAGCAGUUCUUCUGAUAUGGAUGAUCACUUAAAUGACGAUCUUGGAGAAGAGGAUGCCGAUAGUGAUGAUGACGUCAGCACUCGUGAAGGUGGUUCAGAACUUAACUCUGAAAUCGAGGAUGAUGAUGAUGAUGGUGAUACGCUGAUGGGAAGCGAAGAGGAUGAAAUGAGGGAAGAUGAAAGUGAUGUUUCAUGCAGUGACGAUGAUAAUGAUGGUGUGAAAAGCUUAGGUGAAAAUAAAGGGCAAAAGAGGAAAUUUGCUGAUUUUGAUGAACAGCUUGAUUCCGCUAGUCAAAGUCUUAGGGCUCUUAAAAGGCUAGCAGGAGCUAAAUCGGAGAAUAAUGACACUUCCGAUGCAGUAGAUGGUAUUCUUUCAAAUGAGGAUUUCCAAAGAAUCAAAGAGCUAAAGGCAAAGAAGGAAGCGAAACUUGCAUUGGCUCAGCAUGGAAUGUUGAAAAAAGGUUCAGAUCCAAAAUCAGAGCACUUUAAGAUCCCUAGUUCUGAUCAACUCAGUUUGAAAAGAGUAGAUGGAUAUUCACUUGAAGCUAAUAUAAGAAAAAAGAUGACCAAAGAAGAAAGGAAGGCCUUAAUGAAAGCGGGAAGAGAAGAGACAGGGAAGUAUCAAUCAAAAGCUGCUGUCAAGCAGAAAAAGACUGGUGGGUUAAGCAACCGGCAAAAGGAGCAUAAGAAGGCUAUGCCUUUGGUUGCCAAGAGAUCAAAGAUUGCAAGAGUCAAACGUGAGAAAAAGAUGAAGCAAAGGGGCGCUGACAAGCAGUUCAGAGGCCGUAAAGCCUGGAAAUGAUCUACAAUUUUGCUCGAGUUUUAUUUGUUUUUUUAUUUGUACGGUGAGUAUUUUUGCUGCCAAAAGGGAGAACUGUUAAUCGUGCUUUCAAAUGGACAAAACAUAUGUUACAAAUUUAUUUUGAUGUCUUUAAGGAUAACAUUGAUACAUAACCAAAACCUACUCCCUA